UUUGAUACUGUCAAAACAGCAGUCAUUGUCACCUAGUGUUUUUAUGCAAGAACUCCCUCAUCUGGACGAUCACAGUUGUCCCAUCAACAAUUACUCUAGACUUACUCUACUCUAAUGAGAUAAUUUGCUGGAUCGCAUCAGUCUUAACCAAAGUGAAUUAUCGCACACCAUUUCUAUCCAGUCUGUUGAGUUCCAAAAUUCAGCUGGUGGGCAUAUUCUAAGAGCCCCCAUUCCCCCAUAUUAUGACAAUAUAUUCGUUUAAAAUUGGAAGCUUCUUUCUUUUUGUGAUCCAUUCUGUGUAGGGAUUGGAAACAAAUCUGUUCGCACCUGAUCUAAACUUGAAUUCUAACCCGACUGCAGAAACGUGUCAUGAAAUGAGCAUAUCGAAACAGAAAUCCACUAUUAGAAAAAAUUGCCUAGCCUAUGGAAUACCUUUCGAAGCUUCAAAGAAUGAGAUGACAACGCCUUGAAUAACGCGUUCUAGUCUUUAAGCUUUUCUCCCUUUUAAAGGCAAGCACUCACAGAGGAUUGCGCAACUAAUGAAGAUUUACUCUGCGCGUGUUGCUCGGUACAUAUUUUUUAUGCAUUAGACUUUGAAUUUGCCCGCUUAUGUUUACUUAAUAACUUUGAGAAGUUUUAUCAGUAUACACCGCCCUAAAGACCUGGUGUGUUUGUACUGCCUCUUUAUUCCACUCCAAAUAUGCGUGCACGUUUGUGUUUCAGGACUUUCAGAGAGUAUAAGAGCUCAGUGGGAGACGCUGUUGCGCAAAAGUCAUGUUUAAUUCCUGACCGGGUCAUUGUGUCUUGUUCGUAGGCUGUGCACUUUACACUGACAUUGUAUGUCUGCACGCAAUUUAUCAGGGAAACCUUCAUAAAACCUAAUGGAGAGGGGCGGGGAGUUGGUGGUAACCUGUGAUUGAAACAUCUUGAACUCUUCCUUAUUUAGCUGAGAUUUAUCUUAACCGUGGGCUAGAUCACCCCAACCCACCCCUCUCCCCCAUUGUCCUCUUGUAACAUCGUUUAAAUGAUAUGUGAGAAACUGAAGCGUACUGAAGCGUAAUAAAUAUAUUGCAGACUUUGAGACUUGAGUUAGGUGAUAACUCCAGAAUGUCUUUAGCUGAGAUUUGCGGAAGAGCAAAAAUUAAUUCGAGGCACAGGGACGUGUCAUUAAGUACUUCUUACAAUAAUUAUGAGGAAAGGAUACCUUUCGUGGAUGUUGGGCUACGCUCAUCGGAUGUGAUUAGGCCUUGUUACUACAUAUUACAGAUUCUCGGCAUGUGGAAGCCCUCCAACGUGAAAUUUGAAUUCGCCUGGCGGGUUUAUCGCGGAUUUGUGUUCUUUUUGUGGUUAGGAUCUCUUGCAGCUGUUAUGUGUUUGGAUUUUAUACAUUACGGCUUUAAAAAGGAAACGAUUCACAUGGGUGAAAUUAUGAACAGUGUUCCAACAUGCCUCAAUUUGCUGUGUCCGUUCAUUUUCACCGUCUAUUAUUUUAACCGUGGCCAGUUUUUGGAGCUCGUUUACAGCGUACAAAAUGUCUCACAUGAAUGGCAGCAGAAGUUAAACCGUAUUGCUCGAUGGUAUACCUUAAUGUCUGCAUCUCUAUGGGCUCUUGGAGCCGUAUUUUUCAUAAUUCACUGGCUUCCUUUCUUCUCUGAAUUGUGGCACUAUGCAGUCUACAUAACCGUUGUUGUGUAUGCUACAGGCUGGUGGGCAACGUGGCUCAGCGUUUAUGGAUUUGUUUGCCAUGUUCACAGUUUACAAAUUGAUACUGUUAUAGAACAAAUGAAGUCUCAUGAAUUAAAACCAACAGAAAUUCUGAAAAAACACCAUCAAUUACAAACCUCACUGGAAACAACACAGACAGAUUUCAAUAUAGUUAUUUCUUUUGCUUUAGCAUACCAUGUGGUAGAUGUGAUCACUUUUAGCUUUGCUUAUUUCAGUUCUUCAUUUGGUGAAAAUUAUAAACUCUGGCAAUAUGCGGGUGGUGUUCUUUUUGAUUUGGUAAGCAUUGUUGUCAAACUGUACCCCCCAUCGGUAGUUGCAGCCGCGGUUCAUCGCAUAGUUGUGCAAGCCUCAAAGCGAUGUCAGUUAAAGGUGACCUCCUGGACAGCAGAUCUACCUGUUGAAGAUAUACAAUUAUUCCAGUAUAUGGCAUUAUGUGAGUCAGACAUGGGUCUUAAAAUCCUUGGAAUUCGCAUCACUGUAGAUCUGACAAUGAAGAUUCUUAUGACCCUUAUGACUGGUGCCGUAUCAUUUGUAGCAUUUGUUAUUCCAAAGCUUCAGUAAGGUUCACCCAUAUAAUGACCAUGAUGCAUAAAACUGCUGAACUCAGACACUUGUCACUUGGGAGAACUUUCUGAAAUCCUAUGGGAAAGGCUAUGAAACAAGCAUCCAUGUCUCUUGAUAGUAUUAACUUAGUGCAGGCAUACUGAGCAUUGGCUGAUAUUUUUUUAAAUCCCAAACGAAGGUAUCCCAAGCUGAUGAACCAAGAAAAGCAAAAAAUAAACUAUUUAUCUAUCCAUGAAAGAGAAAUUUGUUGUGAGUCAACAUGACUUUCUUUGGACCAUAUGAGGAACCAAAGGCAACUUAGCUAUAGAUGAGAAUGUUAUGAGGAAUGAAAUAUUGUCAACUUGGAAUGCUUUAUCAAGUGAAACAAGAGCCCCUUUAACUCAAUGCAAUGCCUGUGGAACAAUUGGAAACCAUCAAAUCUGGCCCUUUUGCAAGGCACCCCUUGGAAUCCUUGUUUACAUUGUACCCACUAGGUUCUCACAGUCCUAACCUCAUUUUCAAGCAAAACAUGCAAUUCUUCAUGCUCAGUGUCAGACCUGGACUCUCAGAUCAAACCUGUUUAUACACUCAGCUUCUGAAAUUUGCACUUGGUGUGCAGAUCCAUUAUGCUUUACUGUGGGCUUUCUAUCAGUGCUGAAGUCAAGCAUUGGUGAAAUUCACCAAUAGACACAACUCAAAUGAAAUAUUUUAGUUUUUUUCUUUUAUUCAUUUUGAAUAUAAACAGCAGAGGUUUCUCUAGGCAAUGUGGUUUUGUUGGAAAUCAUAGCCCAAGUAAGACCACUUAAUUCAGAGUGAAAUGACUCAAAGAAUGGAAACCUUUGGAGUAAUUAAGGAGUACCCCCUAGGCUAGGUAAAUAAAAUAUAAUUUCUUGAACAAUUACUUAGGCAGGAAAACUGAUACCUCAAGGGAGGAUAUCCUUUUGAAUAAAAGAGAAGGAAUUCUGACAACACUGGAGACUCAUUUAUUUCAUGCUCUUUAUCACAUAGCCUAACAAACAAUAGAUGAGGAGCUUAAGAUCUCUGGUUGAUAAAUCAGGGCGACACCCAAAUCAACCAUCCUGCAUAUCAAGAAAUAAUAAUUUAAUAUUGUUUGAGAAAAUUCUACUGGCUGUUUUAAAAUUGUCUUCAUUUUAUUUUGUUCAAAUUCACACUCUAAGGCCACACUUUCUACUUAUGUUAGAUGAGAUGGCAAGUAAGGCAGUCAAUCAGAUUGAAGCAUUUGUGAUAAAAUGCCAGAAGAUUUAUGCUCAUGUGCAUUAUCUUACUGUCUUAGUCAUAUUGCUUUAUUUUGUAAAUGCAUUUGAGAAUUUUAAAUACUUUCAUUUCUUGAGUAAUUUAAUAAUUAAAAUUUAUUUAUCAAUUUAUCGAGAUGAAAGAUGCAAGAUAAUAAACUGGAGUUCCAUCUUUUAUUCACAAUGCAUUGAAUCCUAAGAAAAUACUCCUCAGCCUUAUUUAAUUAUUAAAUAUUUACGACUCUUUCGUCUCUUUAGACUAUGGCUGAACUUGUCAUUUGAUUAAGAAUAUAAACAUACGGCAGAAAAGGAACCAUUCCUAUAUUCUAACAACUCAAUUUAAAGUUCCACAUCUACAAAUAGGAUUCUGCACAUUCACAAUUUUCCCUAUAAUGAAUGAAUCAUGCCAAAACAUAUUUCAAUCUUCAAAAUCUUUAAUGCUAUCACAAAAAAUUACUCCCCCCCCCUUCAAAUCAGAAAAAGGUCAAUCAUUAACACAUCAGCAAAGAUUA